AUGAUUGAGGUUGAACGGCUUAGUUUUAUCAGACAUAACCAACCCAAACUAAGGGUAGACAAAUAUAUUGCACUGCAUGAAUCAUUGGUUAGGGGAGAGGCAAGUGCUGUUGCAACUGGACAGAGGAUUAUACUACCGAGUAGCUUCACUGGCAGUCCUCGGUACAUGUUCAACAAUUGCAAGGAUGCAUUUGCAAUUUGCAAAUAUGCAGGUUAUCCUAGCUUUUUCAUAACAAUUACUUGCAAUCCUGAAUGGGAUGAGAUAAAACGUUCGUUAAAAGACACAGGGUUAAAAGCACAAGACCGUCCUGACAUUGUAUCGAGGAUUUUUAACCUAAAGCUCGGUCAGUUGAUAGCUGACUUCAAGCAUGGUCAAUUCUUUGGCAAGAUAACGGCAUGUAAGUUUAAUGAAAUCUAUUAUGUUAUACAUGUAUCAAAAUUAAAGCCUAACAAUGAGUUGGUCUCUACAGACGUCUGCACGGUAGAAUUCCAAAAGCGGGGACUCCCACAUGCGCACAUACUGCUGUUCAUGCAUCCUCUAUCCAAGCCUAAGUCACCAGAUGAUAUUGACAAACUAAUCUCAGCUGAGAUUCUAGACAAGAUCAAGAGGCCAAAACUUUAUGGGGCAGUUGAAAAGUACAUGGUCCAUGGCCCGUGUGGCAAGUAUAAUAGUAAAAGCCCCUGCAUGUUGAACGGUCGGUGCUCAAAGUAUUAUCCCAAGCCCUUUAGAUCAAGGACAAUUAUUGAUGAUGGUGGGUUCCCCAAGUAUAAGAGGAUGGAUAAUGGUCGGAUAGUCACAAAGAAUAAUACGGCCCUCGAUAAUUCAUAUAUUGUACCAUACAAUCCAUCACUACUACUGAAAUACGGUUGCCAUAUAAAUGUUGAGCACACCUGCCAAACGUCCGCAAUAAAGUAUUUGUUUAAGUACGUUCACAAGGGCAAUGAUCGGGUAACUGCUUCUUUCUACCAAACCAAUGUAGACGGUGAGUCUGAACAAGUGGUAGAUGAGAUACGCAACUAUUAUGAUUGUCGGUAUAUCUCAGCCUGUGAGGCAGCUUGGCGCAUUUUUGGGUAUGACAUCCAACAGAAGGAACCUUCGGUCAUCAGGCUUCCUUUUCAUUUGCCAAAUGAACACCCUGUUAUAUUCAGGGAUUACGAAAACAUUGUUGAUGUAAUAGAUAGGGUUGAUGGCAAGCUAACAAAGCUAUUGGCUUGGAUGCUUACGAAUAGGUUGUUUUCUUAUGGUCGUACUCUUACAUACAGUCAAUUUCCUAACAAAUUUGUAUGGAAAGAUGACAUAUCCAUGUGGAUGCCAAGGAAACAAGGAUUCUUCAUUGUCAACGGGGUUGUGUAUGGUACCUUCAAGGAAGCAUGCUAUGCAUUGGGGUUAUUGCAAGAUGAUAAGGAAUUCAUUGAUGCUAUAAUAGAAGCAAGCACGUGGGCCUCUGGAAACUACUUGCGUGUCCUGUUCGUGGUGCUCUUACUAUCUAACAACGUUGUAAGACCCGGGGUUGUUUGGGAGCAGUGUUACCAUGUAUUGUCCGAGGAUAUCUUAUUCUGUCACAGAAAAAAUAUGCAGUGUGCAGAUCUUGAACUUUCACCGGAACAAAUUAUGAACAUGACACUUGCGAAAAUUGAGGACAAGCUUCAGGGUAAUGGAAGAUCUCUUAAAGAGUUUGACAAGAUGCCUUACCCAAGUUCGGACGUUAUUGAUGGCUUAGAGGAUCGACUCCUACUAGAUGAGCUGAACUUUGAUGUCGAUGCCCUAACUAAGGAGCUUAACAACAACCUAUCUAAUAUGAACAUAGGUCAGAGAAAAGCAUUUGAUGUCAUCAUACAGGCAGUCAAUGGUAACGCCGGAGGAUUCUUCUUUGUUUAUGGCUGCGGUGGUACCGGUAAGACGUAUCUAUACAGGACUCUAUCAGCUGCAAUUCGAAGUAAAAGGGGCAUUGUACUGAAUGUUGCAUCCAGUGGGAUUGCUUCUUUAUUGCUUCCAAAUGGACGCACAGCUCAUUCAAGGUUUAAGAUACCGCUGGAGUUGACAGAGGACUCAGUAUGUUGCAUUAAGCAAGGUACAUCUUUGGCCAAGUUGAUAUGCAAAGCUAGACUUAUUAUAUGGGAUGAGGCACCAAUGCUCAACAAACUUUGCUACGAAGCACUCGACAAGUGCUUUCGUGACAUCCUGAGCUCAGAACCAUAUUAUAAUGCAGAAUUACCUUUUGGAGGUAAGGUCGUGGUACUAGGAGGUGACUUUAGACAGAUUCUUCCAGUCAUUCCAAUGGGCUCCCGUUAUGAUAUUAUUCAUUCAGCUAUCAAUGCUUCGUAUCUAUGGCAACACUGUACUGUUCUAACCCUGACAGUGAACAUGCGUUUAACUAUUGGACCAACAGAUAAAGCUGUGGAUGAUGUUAUUGAGUUCUCAAAAUGGCUGUUGGAUAUUGGGGAUGGCUUGGUUGGGGAUUCUAUGGAUGGGGAGUCAGAGGUGCAUAUUCAUCCUGACAUAUUGAUACAUGAUUCAAUUCGUCCCUUUGAUGAUAUGGUUGAGUUUGUAUACCCUAACCUCUUGGCUAAUAUUACUCAGCCAUCGUACUUUAAACAUCGAUCCAUCCUUGGUCCUACAUUAGAGGUGGUCAAUGAGGUGAAUACGCUCAUAAUGGAUCGUUUGGAAGGGGAUAAAAAAUUUUAUUUAAGCUGUGAUAGUUUGUGUGUUGAGGAAGGAAACAUGGAGUCAGACUUGGACACAAUUACACCGGAUGUUCUUAAUGCUAUUAGCUGCUCUGGUUUGCCCCCACAUCAACUAACUCUAAAAGUAGGUGUGCCAGUCAUGCUAUUGCGCAAUAUUGACCAGUCCAACGGUCUAUGUAACGGGACAAGAUUACAAGUACGGAAACUAGGAAAUCAUGUCGUUGAGUGCAUGACGUUAACAGGAAACAAGGUUGGUCAGGUAGUCAUAAUACCACGAAUGGAUAUGAUUCCUACCAACCAAGGUCUGCCGUUUAGGUUUCAAAGGAGACAAUUCCCAAUUAUUGUGUCCUUCGCAAUGACGAUUAAUAAGUCACAGGGACAAACUUUGACCACGGUUGGGUUGUACUUGCCAAGGCCAGUUUUUUCGCACGGCCAGCUGUAUGCUGCACUAUCAAGAGUAAAGUCAAAGAAUGGACUCAGAGUGUUAAUUCAGAAUAACAAAUGCAACGUGGCCACUUCGACAAUCAAUGUGGUCUACAGGGAAAUAUUCGGGAAUAUCCACUAG